AUGAAAUCCUUUUUAUUCAUUUCCUUAUUGAUACUUGCCGUAAGUGCAAGAUUUUUCGAUGCUUGUCCCGGACGACGAAUAUCGAUAGGAGCUUGCUUAGCAGGAUUAUGUCCAGCUGGCUCAGAAUGUGUUAAUGGCUACUGCUGCAAACUCAAGAAUAAUCCCGAGACGACUACACCCCCAGCUGAAAACUCAUCCGAAGUUGAAAAUUAUGAAAAGUGCAAAAAUGGGAAGCAUGCCAUAGGCGAAUGUAUAUCUGAUAACUGUCCCAGUGGCUACAAGUGUGAAGAUGGUCUGUGUUGCAAAGUGGGCUUGCCCCCUGUCCGAGUAACUAUGAUCCCUGUAGAACUUGCUACGACCCGAUCUAUCACAGAAAGCGUAAAUAUUUCAACGAAGUCGUCCAAAAAGGGAAAAACCAAAACCAGAGUGAUCCCUGAAGGAGAAGAAGAGGAGGGAGAGCAGUCACUAGGUAAAAGAGUUCAGAAGAAGAAAGGAUCAGGCGAAGAACUAACGGAAACAGAAAGUGAGAAAACGAAAGAAGAACCCGAGGAGACUUCAACUAACGAGGAAGAUUAUGGAAAUGAACUCAUCGUUGAGGAUCGCGAAGAGGUUGAGCAAUAUACAUCAACAACCACAACAACUACUACAACAGUACCAACUACUACCCUACCAGAAACCACGACAAGAAGAAAGAAGGCCAAAAAAUCCAAAGUUAAAACAACAACGACUACCUCAACUACACCUCAGCCAGUGGAAGAGGAGGAAGAAGAACAAGAAGAAGUAGAAGCAAUUACAGAAGAGAUGGAGUUCACUACAAGCACAAGCACCAAGUCUCCAAGCACGACAGAAGCUCCAGCGAAGACAACAAAGGCGACUCCUGAAGAAGAGAACAUUUCCUUAACCGGAUGUCCUGUGGGAGAAUCUAUAGGAGAAUGUAUUAGCAAUGAAUGUCCCGAGGGUCAUGGAUGUUUCCAAAACAAGUGUUGUAUCAUGACACCUCAAAUCAAUUGCACAGACGCCUUAAGUGGGUGCUUGGAUCAUUUAUGUCAGCAACGUGGUUACAAAGAGUUCAUGACGAAGAAAUGCGCACGAACAUGUGCUCGUUGCCAUCUGACAGACUUAGAUACUGCGGAAAUUCGAGAAUGUCGUGACCGUCGUACCGAUUGCGGCGAAUGGGCACAAGAAGGAUUCUGCGAAAGCACCUUGUACACAACAAGGCAGAAAUUGAAAAUGUGUGGCAAAAGUUGUAAAUUGUGUUGA